AUGACAGACUCCCCCAACCUCACCGCAGCCCAGGCCAAUGCCGCCACCCUUGAGCGCGAAUUCGCCUGGCUUGACCGCGUGCUGCAGGCACGCCUUGCCCUGCACUUCGGCCAGCCGUCUGAAGUCACCGACAUCCGUGACAUUGAAGCGCCCGCACUGUCAGCCGACCCCUCCGCCUAUGCCGCACGGGUUCGCGAUCUUGAACUGGGUGCCAAUGAACGCCUGGUGCUCAUCACGGCGCUGGCACCCCACCUGCGGCCCGCUGCGCUCGACCUGCUGCGCAUCAGAAACAACAACCUCGACACCCCCUUUGCAGAAUUCGGCGGCAUCCAUUCAUCUGCCGGGUUUCUGCCCACGCUUGAAACCGCCCUGUUUCUGGUCUCUGGCAGUGACCUUGCCCAACGCAUGGCUGCGCGUUCGCUUCUCAACGAAGACAGCCGCCUGCUGCACAGCCGCACCCUGGCCUUGCAGCCCAUCGGCCCGGGCGAGCCAGCAGGCAGCGCACGCCUGACCCUCACGCCCGAGGCGCUGCUGCGCCUGACGACCGGCGAUGUGCGUAAGCCCGGCUUUGGCCCGAACUUCCCCGCGCAGCGCGUCACCACCGCUCUCGGCUGGAGCGACCUGGUGCUCAACGCCCACGCCAUGGCCGACAUCAACACCCUGCGCACCUGGCUGUCGCAUUCAAUCGAACUGCUGCAGGGCUGGCCGGCGCUGAAAGCCCUGCCGCCCGGCUACCGCGCACUGUUUACCGGCCCGCCCGGCACCGGCAAGACGCUGGCUGCCGCGCUGCUGGGUAAAGCCAGCGCUUGCGACGUCUACGCCAUCGACAUGGCCCUGCUGUGCGGCGCACCCACAGCCGACGCGCAGGCCAGCGUCGCCCAUGUGCUGGCCGAGGCCGAACACCGGCGGUGGAUUGUUCUGGUCACCGGCGCAGACGCGGCGGGCAGCCCGCUGUUUGACGCGCUGUGGCCGCUGCUUGAGCGUUUUCCCGGUCUGCUGCUGCUUGAAACCCGGGGCGGGCCCGAGGGGCUGGCCCAGCGCAGCGCACUGGCGGGCCGCAUUCAUCUCCAGGUCGACUUCCCCAUGCCCGACGCCGAAGAUCGCCUGCGCCUGUGGCAACAGCUGCUGGGCCAGCAGCCCCAGCGGCUGGCACCCGAUGUGUCAUUAACCGCUGCCUCCUUGCAAGCCUUGGCCGAAAGCCACCUGCUGUCUGGCGGCACCAUGACCCAUGUGCUGCGCCACGCGGUGCUGGCCGCCAUGCAGUCCGAUCGGGGAAGCAUCACGCUGGCAGACCUCUCAGCCGCCGUCACCAAGCUGGCUUAG